GUUUAACAACCUCAGCCAUAUUUUUAGCAGAUGGCCAGCGGCUCGCAUCAAGUUCACGCGAUCAGACCAUUAAGAUCUGGGAUGCCAGUUCGGGCGCGUGCCUACAGACGCUCGAUGCCGGCAGAUUCAUAACCCACCUUUUGUUCGAUCCAAUGACCAAUUCCCGGCUCUCUACGGAUAUUGGAGUUUUGAACCUAGAUCUAUCCUCCGCCAAUGCUGCACAAUGCACCAACGCUUCCUUGUUAGACUGUAGCCAUUACGGCUAUGGUGUAAGCACUGACAGUAUAUGGAUUGUGAAAGAUAGGAAGAGACUGCUUUGGCUACCUCUAGAGUAUCGAGCAUCGAAAUCAGCUGUGGCGGGGUCAACGGUCGCUAUAGGCACUCAUUCAGGUCGUGUUUUAGUGAUGGAAUUCUUACUCUAGUAUUCUAGUCGGUAACGGGGUCCGUUACGGGUUUUAGGCCAAUCACAACUAUUGAAUUCGACAUGGGCUCCUCAAACUCGUAACGGGCCCCGUUACUGUCCAGGUCGUAUUUACAAAAACGCGGAACGUGAAUAUCGAUUUUUUAUCCACUCAGACUGGAAACUAAAUGUAGUAUAAAACUUAUCACCAUUAUAUAAAUACAUACAUUAUAGCCUUUAGACUCAAC